AUUUGGCAUAUUUAGGUUCAAGGUGGUUAUUGAAACAUAAAAAUAAAAAAAUGAUGAAAGAACCUGAGAAGAUCAUUAAAAAAUAAAAUAUAAAUGGAUAACUUAAAUAUUAAAUCAAAUGGAAAGGAUUUGAUGAAACCACUUGGGAAGUAGAAGAUAAUGUAAAAAAGUACAAAGAGUUAAUUGAAGAUUUUAAUUAUUUCUGUUUAACAGGUGAAAGAUAUGAUGAUAAGAAACUUGAUGAAAUUAGAUAAAUAACAGCAUAAACUUAACCUAGAACAGCAAUAAAAAGAGUAGCUGGACCUAGACCUCCUGAUUUAAAUAAAAAGGAUAAAAAAACAGAUAAAGUAGAUUAAAAACAUUCUGAGAUUAGUGAAACAUUAUCAUAAAGUUAAAUUGAAAAUGGAAAUAACAAUGCUGUUGUAUAAAAUACGAUAAAUAAUAAUAAUAAUAAUAUUAAUAAUAAUAAUAAUAUUAAUAAUAAUCUUAAUAAUAAUAAUAACAACAACAAUAAUAAUAAUAAUCUUAAUAAUAAUAAUAAUAAUAAUAAUGAAAAUCAAAAUUCUAAUAUCUCUAAUUAAAGUAAUUUAGUUUCAAAUCUAUAAACAGCAUUGAUAGUAAAUAUACAUUAAUAGAAUCAUAAAACUGGUAGUAUAAUCUCAUUAAAAUAAUAGGAAUUAACUUAGUAAAUAAUUAUUAUAUUAUAGAAAAGUAACUUAACAUUAUGCAAAUUAAGAAGACAAAUUAGCAAUGAUUAAAUUAUAAAUAACUGAAGAUAAUUGUGUUUUUUAAUUGUAAUGGAAGAAGAGACUAGAUGGAAUAACACCUCUUCCAGAAUUUUAUAGUUAUGAAUAGUUUAAAUUACAAGCUCCUUUAUUUUUUAUAAAAUUUAUAGAAACUUGUUUGUUAGAGUGUUAGAGUAGCGAUAGUGACAUAAAGUAUUUAAUUAUAAAUAAUUUUAGAUAUGAAAUUGCAGGUAAAGAUUUAUUAGAAAAAACAACAUCAAUAAAAAAUGCAUUAUAAAAAAGAGAAGAAGGAGAUAAAAAGAAAUUACAUAACCAUAAUUGA